AUGGCGUCGUUGACACCGAGUAGUUCGACAUCAAAUUUCACCACCGUUAAAAGCACGCAAUGUCGAAUUGCGGACGUAAUGGAUUUCUUUUUCGUUGCUCACCCGGAAUCAGGCCGAAAAGAGGGCGACGAAGGCGAACGUAUCAUGUUUUUCCAGAGCCAAAAACCUGAAACUUUCGAGAAGCAGGUAAUUGAUUCGUUUGGAACUAUUUGUUUGACUCAAGUGACAGGGUUUGCGGAGGCAGUUGUUAAUUUUACGAAUAAUUUCAUCGGUGAUAAUAAUGAGCGGGAUCUGGAGUAUCCGCAUCGAUACGUGAAUACCAUAAAACAAUUGCAUGUUUAUGUGCUUGUUGAAUCGUCACGAUUUAUCGUUGGAACUGCACUGAAUAAGACGUUGUGUACAAAUGAGGAAUACACUUUGCACGCUCCAACGAUUCGUUCCAUUAUCAUUACUGCUUAUAAAAUGUUUCGAUUGUUUUUUGGCUCAUUCACGAAACUGUUGAUUACUGAUCGUGCACGCUUGAAAGACCGCCUUCAGUAUUUCUUCUCGAGGUAUUUGUCGUUGUUACGACUGAACCAGAUGCCUCUUGUGGAUUUAUUUUGUGGUGUGGAUUUUUUACCUCUGGAUAGUGUGUGCUUCCUUCGUGUGGAAAAUCUGUUGGGUCGGUUGCGAGAAUCAUUUCCGCAAAUCUCGAAAGCGAUGUUCCUCUAUCAAGGAAGACUUUUAUCGUAUUCCGUUCCAAAAGAGGAUCUCGCCGUUUUGUUCCAGUAUCUGACACAAAAUCUGUUGAGCAUGUCGAUGAAAGCUGAGCUGCAGCCAACGUAUCACAUUGGAAGGUCAGACUCAGCACCGCAUCAUCAUGGACGCUUUCUGACUGGUACAACCGACAUAACUGCUGGAGCAGUGUUGGCAAACGUGAAAGAUGCAAAAUUACCAGUCGUCUACUUGUCAUCUGAAAGCGCAUCAUCGAACAAGUUGAUACCUUAUGAACUGAUAGUUUAUCGAGCAUUAAAUGCUACACUCUGCAUGUUUGUUCGUAAAGAUGUGAGUUCGGAUUUUCUACGUGAGCUCGAUUCGAUGCUCGGACCCGAAUUAAGUUCGUUGGCAUCAACAAUCGCCGAUGCUUAUGGCACACAGUGUAAAUCGACACCGAAAGGAGAUACCGACUUCCAUUUCAUCUACUUCAACCCAUCCAGUUUGAGUCUCAAAACAAGUUUCUUGGAACCAGUCGGUGAAAUCAGCAAAACGUCUUCGUUACCUCCAAUUCCACCCAAUAUCUGCAUGAUGGUAUGUGAAACGAUGGAUCAAUAUUUGAAUGGGAAUAAUUGCGGUGAAAUAUCGAUUAGAUCUGAAUCGGAUUGGUGGAUUGUUGGAAAGAAAAUAAAUGGUCGAAUUCUGUUGUUGAUGCUGCACAAUACCUCGUUGACAUGUUUGGCUGAUGUACAGCAACAUGUUAAUAACAUCAUUAAACAACAUUUCAAUUAUAUUUUUGUGAUAUAA